AUGAGAGUACGCACAACUUUCGCCUCCUCACUCGUCGCAGCCUGCUUGAUCACCGCGACCUCAGCCAAGUUGUUCUCCCCCAACGCGCCAGACGCACAGGCAAAGAUUAUCCUCCCAGCAGCAGAAACACCCAAAGACGUCAUGUCAGGCAGCGGCGUAACCAUUUCCGACGUGCUCAGCAGAGAACGCAAUAUCAACAUCUUCGCCGGCUUCACUCGUGACAUCGAAUCCGUAUCAAGACGCCUCGAGGCUGGCUCACACAACACCACUCUGCUCGCGCCGCUCAACUCGGCCAUCACCAGACUGCCCAGAAAGCCAUGGGAGGACCCGCAAGACUAUGCUGCCUUAGGCCAGAACGCAUAUGACGGCCAGAGUGGCGAGGACAGAGCGCACAGAAAUCUCAGACGUUUCGUUGAGGCACACGUGGUUCCAGAGUCGCCCUGGGCUGAGGGCCAGAAGGUACAAACGCUGGGCGGAGAUACUGUCUGGUGGGAAGAGAAGGACGGAAAGAAACUGGCAAGCCUCACCUCGCUCUCUGCUAGAUAUAGACUAACAAAGACACUAGNNAUUCAGCCUGGAGGCAUUGAGGUUUCGAGUAUCCCUAACAAGGUCGCCAAUGGAGAGGUCUGGGUUCUAGAAGGUGCUCGCAACUAUGCUUAG